GACAAGACAUGUCGUUCUGAGCGCGCUUUGCAUCCGAAUUCUCGUCGCUAUCCUAACCUGGACGGUAUUCCAACCUGACGAAUACUUCCAGGCUCUGGAGCCCGCCCAUUAUCUUGUCUUCGGCUAUGGGCAUCUGACCUGGGAAUGGCGGACUUCCAAGCCUAUUCGCAGCAUAUUGUAUCCAGCUCUGAACAUCCCAAUCUAUUGGGCACUCAAAUGGACUGGACUCGAUCAACUCGAUUCGUUGGGUACCCAGCUAGUGGUCCGUUGUUAUCCACUCGAGUUUUUCAUCGAACAAAUGUUGUUCAGAUCGCUGGUCCUCGCGUACUACACGGAUGUUUCGCAGCCCUCACCGACAUCUUCCUCUGCCGCCUAACCAGUAAAGUAUUGGGUGACCGUUAUGUAUCAAGCGCAUUGUUCGUGUCCUUGACUUCUUUCUUCCACGUUCUGGCACUUUCCCGGUCCUUCUCGAACUCCUUGGAGACUUCUCUUGCGACGAUAGCGUUCUCGUACUAUCCGUGGUUGCCCGCAGAUCACAUAGCUUUUGACAGGACUGCGCUCCUGCGACUAUUCCUCUUUGCCGCGCUUGCAUGUGCUGUCCGCCCUACCAAUGCAAUCAUCUGGGUGUAUCUCAUUGGCACUCUUCUCUGGCGGGUUAGGCAUAGCACGCGUUCAGUCGUGACCGUGGUUUCGACUGGCCUCGUCGUUGGCAUCGCCACGCUUUUGGGGAUAUUCAUACUUGACUCGUGGUUCUAUGGAGAACCCACGUUCACACCCUUCAAUUUCCUGGCGACGAAUCUUUCGAACGUGUCGCUGUUUUACGGGGGCAGCCCAUGGCAUUACUAUCUUUCGCAAGCCGUUCCUAUAUUGUGUACCACGUCGCUGGUCUUUGUGCUCCGGGAAAUACGGUGCACAGUGCAGAGCAGCGCACCAAGCCCGUUGAAGACGGCGCUUGGAUGCGUAGUUUGGACAAUCUCUGUCUAUUCUCUGGCUGGUCACAAGGAAUGGCGGUUCAUUCAUCCCAUUCUUCCACUGCUCCAUGUAUUUGCCGCAAAGUCGUUGUAUGACAUGACGGCGGUCCAUGCUGCUAAAGGCUUCAAUAGCCUUUCGAAGCGAUUUUUCUUCUCGCCGGGAUUCUUGCUGUGGCUCAACGUUCCUGUUUCUUGUUUUGUUGCGCUGUCCUACUGCAGUGCACCGAUCCAGGUCAUGGCCUUCCUUCGGAGUCUGCCAGACAUCGAAAGCGGCGGGGUUGGAUUUCUCAUGCCGUGCCACUCGACUCCGGGUCACGCCUUUCUCCAUCGACCAGGGCUGGCCAACGGGAAGAUGUGGGCCCUGGGAUGUGAACCGCCUUUGCAACACCAAGAUCUGACUACCUAUCGCGAUCAGACGACGGUGUUCUUUUCCUCGCCGACGACCUAUCUGAGGGAACGCUUCCCCGGGUCGGUUGACCCCUCCUUCCCCGUUUCUCCCUUUCCAGUCUCGAUACCCGGUCGUCCGGACAUCGUCGAGUAUGCUUGGCUUCACGAAUGGCCCCAGUAUCUAGUGUUUUUCGGUGCCUUGCUAGAGCAAAGCGCGGCCCGAGAGUUGCUGUCUCAAAGGGGCUACGAAGAAAUAUGGACUGCUGGGAGAUCCUGGGAAGGGGACAGCGACACGAGAAAGGGCGGGGUCAGAGUAUGGAAAUACAACAUUAUCAGUACAUGAGGUGGAUUAUAUGUAGGCGGUUAUUCUUCCGUGUCCGAAAGUGCAUCUUCAAUCUGGCCACGCUCGGCUAAUGUCUUGAGAGCAUCUGUCCCACGCUGCGCGCCAGAGUGAGCGAAAAAGAAACAGAGCAAACGUCUCACCACGAGCCAUUUGCACGCAUAGCGCCGGCGAUGUCCAGGGUCGAACACAUCGUUCUGUUGUCAUUCAUGGAUCAGCCGGGGAACUGGCUGACAAAAAUAGUGCCCACUUCAGAGAAUGCCUGGCGUCUGCAACGCGGCUGGGGAGUAGGCGCGCCAGACCGACUCUCCCCCUUCUGUCGCCAAGAUGAGACUCGUGGUCUCUCCAUUAAAAAGACGACAAACAUGCACAUGGUCUUUGGACGACUUUGAGGCUGGAGGCAUCAGUGCAGAUGAGAGCUCAAAAGCAGGUUCGGCACGAGGCACUGUAAUCACAGUGGAAAUAGACGAUGCAGCAAAGCCUGUGAGAAGGACGAUCCCGGAAGACUCCGGGAAAGCACCCAUGACUCCUACGAGAUUAACGGUAAGGUAUUGAGAGUGCGAAGAAGGCAGAACGGAGCGCCCAUGUCGUGCGAAACGAAGACUGGCAAUUCGAUGAUGGAGACUAUACAUAACAAUGUCAAAGCGCUUCCUCUUCUCAACCAGAGCACUGGUCAACAAGCUGAUCGAGUUUUUUUCGUCCGAAGCCAGCUAAAUGGAUGGCGACGCUCACCAGACAAAUCGUGAGUAUGGAACCGCUUGAAAGUCACCCGGAGGCCGUCGUGCCACGCACCUCCAU